CUAUUGCUUUGCUUUGUGACUAGAAAAUAUAUUCUGGAAAACUUACCUUAUAUUUGCUUAUAUAGGGCUGUCACAUUUCAUUAUUUCUCACAGUUCAACAUCACAUCACACAAAAUGGUGUACUUUGUAUGAAACUAGAUAGCUUCCCUUCCAUAAAUAUCUGCAUUGUCCAGAACUGAGCAAUCUCAGUGUAACAUAUAUGGAAAAUAACUCGUCUUGUCAAAAUUUUUGGGAUAAAUUUUUAUAUGGUGUAUGCAGGCCUUGAACACCUUACGUUAGGGGAUCAUUUGUUUCAGUCUUUCAGAAGCUCCAUGGAAUAAAGGCUUCCUUCUUCACCCAAGGCCACAAACACUUGUCAUAAUUCAUUGGACCAGGGAAUUAUCAUUGGCAAUAUUCUAAAAAAAAGUGUGUCAAAUCACAGCAUGGACUUCUGGAAUCUGACAAUCAGAAUCAUUUUUUUGUCUCAAACUACAAUUGGAAUUCUAGGAAACUUCUCUCUUAUGUUCUACUACCUCAUCCUUUACUACAGACAAGGCACAUUAAAACCCACAGAUUUGAUUCUUAUGCACAUAAUGGCAGCCAAUGCUGUGAUCCUUCUCUCUUCAGGAGUGCCCAGCACAAUGUCAGCUUUCAGACAGAAGCCAUUCUUGAAUGAUUUUGCAUGCGAGCUCCUAUUGUAUAUUCAACGAUUUGGCAGGAGUGUGUCCAUUGGUGCCACCUGCCUUCUGAGUGUUUUCCGGGUCAUGAAAAUCAGCCCCAGGGAAUCGUGUUUGACAGAUCAUAAAAUGAGAACAGCCAACUACAUUUGUUGCUCCACUUCUCUCCUCUGGGUUUUGUAUUUGUUGAUACAUUCCACUUUCUUUAUGUACACAUUUAUCAAAAGGAAUAGCAAAAAUAUGACAAAAGAACUAGAAUUUGCAUUCUGCUCCAUUGUAGGGCAAGAUGAUAUCAUUUUAUCACUCUAUGCUGCACUGGUGAUGUGCCCUGAAGUGCUCUUCUCUGCGCUCAUCACUUGGUCCAGUACAUCCAUGAUUGUCAUUCUGUACCGACACAAGCAGAGGGUUCAACACAUUCACAGUUCUCAUGGUUCCAGCAGAAAUUCUCCUGAGUUCAGAGCCACUCAAAAUAUCCUGGCCCUGGUGUCUGCCUUUUUGGCUUUUUAUACUCUCUCUUCAAUCUUAAGAGGCUGUAUUACUUUUUCACAUAAUCACUAUUUGUGGCUGGUGAACAUCACUCCCAUUGCUUCUCUGUUUUUUCCCUCUUUGCACCCUUUGUUUUUAUAAGUCAUUACUCCAUUGUGUCCAGAUUCUGUUUGGUCUCGACAUUAAAUAAAAACCUCUUACUAUUAUUUUAAAUAUAUAAACAAUAUGUUCUCUGUGUAUGUUCUUACUACUCAUUUUGGUCAACAUGUGAAUUGAUGCUUAUGAUUGCUAUCCUGUUCUUUCUACUUGACUGUGUCUAUGCUUGUGCCAAGUUGUCUUUAUCACUACGGCUCUGUGGAAAAAUUUGAGGCCAAGUAUCUGUGUUCUUUCAGCUUUGUUUUUAUUUCUUAUAAUUGCCUGUUAU